AUGAGGGAGUCAGCAGGGGAAGAUGUCAGGGGAAGAGGCGUUUUAUACCACCUUGCCCCUGUCUGGGCCUUUUGUCUCUAGGAAGCCUUCAUGGGCUUUGUCUUUUUUGCAGGGACACCACUUAAUGUCAUGGUGCUGGUGGCCACAUUGUGCUACAAAAAGCUGUGGCAGCCACUUAGCUACAUUCUGGUCAGUUUGUCCUUGGGAGGCAUCCUCAACUGCAUCCUCUCUGUCUUGCCCAUCUUCAUCGCCAGCUGUUGAGGUUACUUCCUCUUUGGCUGCCAUGCUUGUGCUCUGGAGGGCUUUCUAAGCUCUGUAGUAGGUCUAGCGAUAGGCUGAUCACUGGCCUUCCUGGCCUUUGAGUGCUAUAUUGUCAUCUGUAAGCCCUUUGGCAACUUCUGCUUCAGCUCUAAGCCUGCACUGAUGGUGGUCCUGGCCACUUGGACCACUGGUAUUGGCAUCUCCAUCUCAACAUUCUUUGGCUGGAGCUGAUUCAUCCCCGAGGGCCUGCAGUGUUCCUGUGGCCCCAACUACUACAUGGGCACCAAAUACUACCAUGAGUACUAUACCUGGUUCCUCUUCAUCUUUUGCUUCAUUGUGCUUAUCUCCCUCAUCUGCUUCUCCUCCUCUCAGCUGCUGGGGGCCCGAAGAGAUUUGAGUGCUCAGCAGCAGGAGUCCGCUACGACCCAUAAGGCUGAGCGGGAGGUGAGCCACAUGGUGGUGGUGAUGGUGGGAUCCUCCUGUCUGCCGUGCCCUUAUGCUGCCCUGGCCAUGUACAUGGUCAACAACUGUAACCAUGGGCUGGACUUACUAUUAGUCACUAUUCCUGCCUUCUUUUCCAAGAGUGCUUGUGUCUAUAAUCCCAUCAUCUACUGCUUUAUGAAUAAGCAGUUCCAAGCUUGCAUCAUGGAGAUGGUAUGUAGGAAGGCCCUGACAGAUGAAUCCAACAUAUUCAGCCCCCAGAAAACGGAAGUUUCUAUUCUCUCUUCUAGCCAUGUUGGCCCCAUCUGA